CGGAGGAAGUCCAGCUGUGUGAAGGAGGUGGAGCGCAUGCAGGAGAAGAGAGAGAGGCGGCGGCUGCAGCAGCAGGAGAUCCGGGAGAAGAAGGCGCAGGCUAUGGAUGCAAAUCCAAACUACGAAAUAAUGUGCAUGAUCAGCGACUACCGCGCAAGCCUGAACUACGCGUGUCUCAGCCUGGCAGACCUGAAUGCAGAGCACAAGAUCUGCGUGUGCGUGAGGAAACGGCCGCUCAACCAGAAAGAACUGAUGCUGAAGGACAUAGACGUCAUCACGAUCCCGAACAAGGACCUGGUGAUGGUGCACGAGCCGAAGCAGAGGGUGGACCUGACCCGUCACCUGGAGAACCAGACGUACCGCUUCGACUACGCCUUCGACGAGGCCACCACCAACGAGAUGGUCUACAGGUUCACUGCCAGGCCGCUGGUGGAGACCGUCUUUCAGAGGGGAAUGGCCACCUGCUUCGCUUACGGACAGACAGGAAGUGGAAAAACACACACGAUGGGCGGAGACUUCUCGGGGAAUAACCAGGACUGCUCUAAGGGGAUCUACGCAUUUGCCGCACACGAUGUGUUUGCCCUGCUGAAGCAGCCGGCCUACAAGCCGCUGGGCCUGCAGGUGUUCGCCACCUUCUUUGAGAUCUACAUCGGAAAGGUGUUCGACCUGCUGAACCGCAAGGCCAGACUGCGGGUGCUGCAGGACCAGAACCAGCAGGUGCAGGUGGUGGGGCUGCAGGAGAGGGAGGUCCGGAGCACCGAGGACGUCCUCAGGCUGAUCGAGAUGGGGAACAGCUGCAGGGCGUCCGGGCAGACCUCGGCCAACGCCCACUCGUCCCGCAGCCACGCGGUGUUCCAGAUCAUUCUGCGGCGGGGCCGGGAGGUCCACGGCAAGUUCUCGCUCAUCGACCUGGCGGGGAACGAGAGCGGGGCCGGCAUCUCCAGCGCCGACCUUCGCACGUGCCGCGAGGGCGUGGAGAUCAACAAGAGCGUGCUGGCGCUGAAGGAGUGUAUCCGGGCCCUGGGGCGGAACAAGCCCCACACCCCCUUCAGGAACAGCACCCUGACCCAGGUGCUCAAGGACUCCUUCAUCGGGGAGAACUCCAGGACUUGCAUGAUCGCCACCAUCUCUCCGGGCAUGUCGUCAUGUGAGAACACGUUGAACACGCUGCGCUACGCUAACAGGGUGAAGGAGCUGACCGUCGACCCCAGCGUGCCGGUAAAGGAGCGUCCCGUCACGGAGUUGGUGACCCAGCUGAACGUGACGGAAGCGCACGGGGGUGCAGAGGGCUCCCCCCAGCGCGACUACUUCAAACUGCUCUGUGAAUACUACGAGUCGAUCCGGUGGCUGGAGGAUGAGAAGGUUCUGCUGGAGAUGCCCGAGGAGCUGGACUAUGACAUGGACUCCUACACAAAUCAGCUCCUGCUGAUCCUGGAACAGAAGAUCGAUGUGUUGUCUGAGCUGAGAGACAAAGUGAGGUGGUUCCGCUUGGGCUUGGGCUGUGAGGAGCAAAACAGUGAGCAACUGGUCACAGAGCGGCCCUGCGCUGUUUGAACCACGCCCAUUUAGGCCACACCCACUUCCAUAUGGAUCCCUGAGGCCUGUAUGUGAACAUUUGAGACUGCACAAAUCAAAAACAGCCAGCACAGCAUUCCCC